UACAAAAGGAUUAACAUUUCGUUGGGAUAUCUUUAACAACUCGCUCUUGCAAUAAAGAAGUGAGACCAAUAAUCAUCGCAAGGGGGGAUAGAUGUUAUCUUGAGAGUACUGCAGUUAAAUUGCUAAAAAGAGAUAUUGGAUUUAGUAAAAAUCCAAGACCAAACGAGAGGAAAUAUGCCAUCGACGGGGAAUUUGACAGCCCACAUUUGAAAGUCCUCAGAGUCAAGCAGCAGUUCACUGAUAACCGAUCACAGCUCCUUUUGUAGACAUCAAAAGUGCUCCCUCCUCUCGAUUCUUUGGCUGCUAGGCGUUUAUAAUGAAGAAAAGCACUAGGUUUAUUGUUGUGUUAGUUGGGUUAUCGCUUCUACUCACGAGACACUGCCAGGCAAGACGGAAACCAAAACUGAACGUGUUUAUCGAUGGAAAAGAGGUCGCGCGCUUUCUUUAUGAUAUCCGUAGCUCGCUGUACCUGGUUCGCGACAGUGAAGUGGCCGCCAUGUUGAUGAAACCGCUGACAAACCUCGUACCACCCAUACAGCCAAACAUCCGGGACAUCAAGUUUAAAUUCAACUCUAAUGGGAAGGUGAGUUACUCGCUCUCCUUCCGCUCGAGUAACGAGUCGGUCAUGGCCCACCCGAGAGCAAGCAUCCCGCUGACUGGACUCGUCCCGCGGAAAACAAAAGCUUUCCGUGUACACUUUCCCUGUACAGAGCGCCUAUCUGCAGAAGUCGUAGUUCAUAUAAAUAUCUCUUUUACCAAUCGCAAUGGCCGUAAGAUUGUGUGGGGACCGUUACACCUAGCCUUACGAAGACGAUGUCGCGCCACGCUCCGCACAACAGACUUUCCCCAGUCUUCUCAGAAAACUUCGUCCAGUACUCUACCAAUACCUCGGAUGUGUAACAAGAAAUGCACCAAGAGGCACAUCUUCAGACGGUUCUGCCUUAGCGACUACGCUAUAAGAGCAAGAGUCGAUUCAGAAGUUCACAAAAAUGGCCAUCAGCAGCUUCGUGUGCGCGUCAGUACGCGGUACAAGUCCGGCGCGGUGCGCAUCACCAAGAGACAGCUCCUGGAGCUGCGAGGGCGGGAGCUGACUUGUAACUGCUCCCAGGUGCUCCCUUCCAAGGUCUACUUGAUCAUCGGCAAGGAGGAUAAGCAUAGGAGGGUGCUAUUUGUGGAUGGCAUGGUCUCGGCGCUCGAGUGGGACGUUGAUGGAAAGAAGAUGGCACGCAUGAUUAGGAAGAGGAGGGAUCGAUGUCCGAAACGAAUCACGCCUUAAGGGUGUACUGACAUUAGUGUUGCUCAGUAACGACGUUGCUACGCUAGUGGCGUUGAGCGCGCGCAUUUACAUAACACGGAGUUCGUCAUUUGCAAGCUUUCCUGAAGUAAAAGAAACAACAGUUUGCGUUUCAAUUUCCCAAAAAUUGACUUCAAGUUGAUAUCAGCCUUUACGGGUGAUAAUAUUUCCCAUAUUUUGUGAAAACGAAGAUUCAGCUGAGAUUUAUUCAAGCCAACCUUUUUGAAGCCAAAGUUUUCAAUUUUCACUACCUGCGCGCGCUGCAAACACCGGUUGCAAACGCUCGCGCACGCACUGAAAAUCUUAUUUCAAAGUAGCGCGCGCUGUAUCAGAAUUUUAAAAUACUUUUUCAAUUUUCAUCAUGACACGACGGAUAUCGUUCCUUUGAAGUGUAAAUACCACGAAACACUAUUGGAAUUUGUUUUCAAACUUUAUUUCAAUUUCAUCAUGUGAGAUAUCAGUGUGUCUGAGCAGGCCGAAUGUGCACGCGCGGGCUUUGUUUCACCUUCGGUUCUGCGUUUUCUAAAAAAAGCUUUUUUGUCGCCAAAUUAUUUCAAAACUCAAUAUUUUUCUGUAUCCUUUUUUUUAUUAAAACCUCCUUCAUAAAGCCAAGCACGUUAAUCUAACAGAAACCAAAAUUAUAUCAAAUAAUCUGGAUUUCAGGACCUUUGAAAAAUCAUAAAAAACAAUUACUCAAUCAUUUCUAAAACGCAUGCUUGGCUUAAUACACCCAUCCCUCAAGAUUCAAUAUUUGUUUUCGAGCAAAAUUACUUUUAAUAUUUGCUUUUAUUUGUAUCUAUGACGUCACAUUAUGACGUCACGGGGCAACGUCAUUUUAAUAGUCAGCACACUUUUGUUGGUCAACUUGGCAAAUAUCAGUCCCUUAUGACUUUCUAAAAGGCUUUUAUGCUAUAUUCACUUUUCCUUAGCAACAGAUGUCAGUACACCCUUAAAGGGGUAGAGGGGUGGUGGGGGGAAAGAAUUGUGCCUCGAAGUAGGGAAAGGGGGGGUAAAAAUCAAGCCUUGAAUGAGAUGAGAAAGAAUUGCGCCUUGCAUCGUUUUGGGGUCUGGUAUCGAGGAAACUUUCUUUUCUUUGUUUCUUCUCAAUUGACUGCUGGUCACUUUUCCUGUUUUUCUCUUCUGAUUGCAAGUCAUAUAACCUGCGAAACGACAACUUCGGAGAGUAUUAAAAAAAUUAUGCCUUAAGGGAGUCCAGAAUUCAACCGGUGUUCUACUUGGUUUUCAACUCUUUGUUAUUUGCAGGGAAGUGAUGGCGCUAUUCACCAGUACCCCUAAGGCAUUAUUUGGUGCCUUAACAACGGCAUUUUAUUGUUUUGUAAUAUGUAAUACUUUCUAUAAUAAAACUUGAUAUAUACAUUUA